CGCAGUUGACACUAGUUGACAGCAUAUCGACGCAUCGUAAAAUGUCUGGUAUAUAUACUCUCUACUCCUUGGGAGCAGCCGGGAAGCAGUGCGGCUGAGUUUAGUGCUCAAGACUGUUCCAAUAUGGCUGGCUACGAAGUACUUGCAACGGUGCUGCUUACAAUCCUUUUCCGGCGAUCCGUCGCUCAGCUCAGUCCCUCUUUCUACAACUCGUCUUGCCCCACCGUAGAGACCGUCGUGACAAAUACUCUCCAGCAGGCAAUGCAGAGCGAUGUUCGAAUUGCUGCCUCGCUUCUCCGGGUGCAUUUCCACGACUGCUUCGUAAAUGGCUGCGACGCGUCAGUUCUCCUGGACGACACUGCGAAUUUCACAGGAGAGAAAACGGCAGCUCCAAACAACGCCUCGCUCCGAGGCUUCGAUGUCAUCGACCAGAUGAAGUCGCAGGUUGACAGCGUCUGCAACAACACCGUCUCCUGUGCCGACAUCCUCGCCAUCGCAGCCAAGGCGGCAGUAGUCCUGAGCGGAGGACCAUCCUGGACGGUCCAGCUGGGAAGGCGAGACAGCACCACAGCAAACUUCUCCCUCGCGCAGGCCAACAUCCCGCCGCCAACAUCCACGAACGCUCAGCUCAUUGCGGCGUACCAGAAUGUGGGGCUCUCGACGCAGGACAUGGUGGUCUUGUCCGGCGCGCACACCUUCGGCCGGGCUCGCUGCACCACUUUCUCCAACAGGCUCUUCAACUUCACCAACGGGCAGCCCGAUCCCCGGAUCAACACAGCGUACCUGGCGACCCUCCAGCAGAUCUGUCCCAACGGGGGCAACGGCAGCGUAGUGGCCAACUUCGACCCCGUCACCCAGGACACUUUCGACAACCAGUACUACGCCAAUGUGCUCAAUGGCCAGGGCCUGCUCAACUCGGACGCCGAGCUCCUCAACGGCACCACCGCGGCGCUUGUCAGCAACUUCAGCACCGAUCAGACGAGCUUCUUCAACAAUUUCGCGGUGUCCAUGGUGAACAUGGGGAAUUUGCAGCCGCUCACCGGCAGCCAGGGCGAGAUCCGGAGCAACUGCAGGAAAACCAACUGAAUGAUCGAACAGUGUCAAACCCAUCUUUGCUUGCGAGCGAUGCUCUCUUCUAUUCUUUGCCCCCUCGGGAUCGCCACGAGCUUUGCCGCGAAUAAGCUUUGUUUUCGAAAUUUUAAAUCUGUCGAAUAUUCUCCCGAUGCUCUUUUAAAGCAGGGCAGCAAGGGAGAUGCGUUUAGGGUUAGGGCGCCCCUAAAGGCGAAGCAUGGGAUGCAGCGCACAUCUGGUGUGGCUGGCGGCGGCCACGGCGUGCGAGGUAUGCCAGUCAUGCAAUCCGGACGCCUUCACGGCGCGCGAGGUGUUGGAUUUGCUGCUACUGCUGCCGCUGCGGUGGGUCUGUGAAUCACUCCAGAUUUUCCUCUUGGGCCCAUCUACAGCGGCCACAGCUUUCCAUGUCGACUGAAGACCGCUCCGCCGGUCUGUGGACUCAAUCAUGGUGUCUCACAGCUGUGGCAUUUUUGCUGGUGUUCGCUCCCCUCUCAUUUCUUUUUCGCAAUCUCUUUUUUGGCAUGGAUCGAGCACGAUUUUGUGUUCCGGGUCUGGUCGCUACUACCGUUUUGAUUCGUGAUUCGUCUCUUUCCACUUCAGCCGUGCUUGGCAUCCUGCCCUGUGAUUACAAUGAUUUUUCCAUCUUUUGUUUCCUGUUUGUGUGUGCUGCUUUUAUAACUUUCAAGUCUGUUAGCAUGUUUUGAGCAGAGGAGAGGUAAUGCUUUUCUGACAAGACAUUGCUUGAGUCUAUUCCCUGCUCUUUUAAAUGUUGCUGUGAUGAGAAUCAUGUUACCAGAGGCUAGACCAAUGCUGGCAUUCGACAUAUAAAACUUCCAUGACUCUGAGCAAGCCAACUUGACGCAUUAUUCAUGACAAAGCUUGGUUGUUUUGCAGCGAACGAAGCUCAGAGUUUUAUUUUCUAAGUUCUUUUUCAUUUAAGGACAAGGACUUGCGACCAUGGCUUCAGGCCCACAUUGGAGGCACUGUGGUUGCGUCCCCUGCAUUGGUGAUGGAGGUCUCGCACUCGGCACCUGGUGUUGCUACCAGCACGGCCUCCUCUCCACUGCAAAAAGCCGAGAUCCAGAGAGCUAAGUGGAGUUGCCUCUGGAGCGGCGGGAGCGAAGUUGAAGGCCGCGAGAGUUGGAUUCCUCCGCUUGCAGCUGUGGAAUGGAUACAAAGCACGACGAGGAGGAUGGGCAAAGUCGUGCAGCCGCAUCCGCAACGGUUGCAAACAUCGCACGAAGACAUUGUCGAAACGGGAGGAGAGAAGCAAACGGCGCAAAAGGAUCGAAUGAAAAAGAGGAAGAGGAUGAUGCUGGAACUCGGAAGGCCAAGCGCGAGAGGAAGCAAAGCGAAACGCAAUGUUAUCUCUCAGCGGAGGAAGCGGAGAAUUUAUAGGGGGUGGAAGUGACGAGCGACGGACGGAAGGGGUAGCCAAAAAAAAAAAAAAAAACAGCCAGAAGAAAAAGGCCAGUAGAAAAACAGCCAAAAGGAAAAUAGACUGAAUAAGGAAGGAAUUUUUCGAGAGCAAGCAAAUAAUUUCGACGUGCCUGAGUGCGGGUACUUAAA